AUGAGCAUAGGUUCAGAACCCUCCCAGUUAGGUCUCCUGAUUCAACACCAUGGCGGUGCUCUCAACACAAACCUGACGCAUCUCUCAGUGCGCGACUCUAUCCGUGGCAUUACUACAGUAGAAUCCCCAGACCGAAAGUUGGAACCGGGAUACCAGAUCUUCCUUGUCAAAUCCCUGUGCGCUGGAUCCCAAGUCACUCUGAACUACACCGCCCACGUCACAAACCCUGCCCAUUUUGCAAACUCUACCCACAUCCUAGAGUUGCCCGCGUUCCUCACCUUUUCCAACGCUUCGCAGAAUGACGUCAACAUGUUUGGACCAAUUGCUGCCAGUCUAACUGUACGGGUUCGCUUCGUGGUCAGAACUUUUCCAAACCACACGCUGGGCUUGGCAGCAUUUGUCGGAGCGUUUCUCAUCUCGUUUCUUUCGAUGGUUUUGUGGUUUGUGGCGAUGAAGCGGAUCGAUCCUAGCUCUGCUUUGGGGAUCUGCCACAAACCAGGACGACCAAUGUUACCAGACCAGGAGAUGGGAGACUCCUGCAUGAGUUUGAAGGAGGGGGACAAAAUUAUGGAAGAACCUGCAAACCAAGCCUUGGAAAGCAUGGACACCCCCGCUCGGCUCCUCUCUGCUUGGCAGCUGGAGGAGGCGAUGCUGCAGAUCCACAAAGACCUGGUGGUGGUGUUGAUGAGCCCAGACCGAUCUGAAGAGAAACUGGUGCAGAUCCAUCACCAGAUGACUGCAUUGGGGGAGGUGCAGGACAAAGAUGCACCAUUGUGUUUAGACGCACUACUCUCACAGUGGGCAUCCCUUUGCUAUCUUCUGGUCUCCCUCCACUUCAAGGAGGUGCAGAGUAGAAGCAAAGUGCUAAAAACCUGGGAAGGCAUUUUGUGUCUGCAGUCACUCUUCAUCCCAAAGCUCAGAGGGAGACAUAAAAUGACAGACAUCAUUCGAACGCACUGGGAGAGUUUAGCAGCUGCAGAAAAACAGUUUGACACAGACCUCCACGAGACUCCUGCGUCUUCACUCACCCCUUUCCUGGAACACCAGUCCGAGUGUAAAAUGGGCUUAAUCCUCCAGGAGGCGCUCUACAAACGGGAGCAACUCAUGUCUCUGUUGACUCGAAGAGGUGAGGAAUCUCUGUCCAGAACUCGGAGGAGAGAAGAUCGAAGAGAACACGAGGAGUUGAAGAUUGUGAAACAACUGUGCGCUUGCGAGGCGGAGUUCACGGCAGCAUUGGUGAAGCUGCUGCAGGUUCCUCACAGUGUUCUAAUGGAGAUGUUACGUCUGUUGCUCCCAACUGCCACGGACAGCGAAUUGGUGUGUGUCUUUGAAGCCCUGUGUCCGCAGGACUCUAUUGCCCAAGCACAGAACUGCACCGUCUACAAGGAUCCACUCAAUGAUCCACAGCAUGAGCCACCGCACGAGCCACCACUUCAAACCAUUCCACAUCACCGUCUGGACCUCAAUAAUCCACGGCACAAAGACACAGUCCAUGAUCCAGUUCACAACGAUUCACUCCAGACCCCAGUCCACAGGGAUCCACUUUGCAAAGACUCGCUGCGUGAUCCAGUCCACCCAUGUUGGUCUGAUAUCCUUGAGAAACUGAGAGUAGAUGUGAUCGGUGACGUCCAUGCAGAACAAACGGAGCAAAGGGAGAACAUGCUGCAGAAGAUAGAGAAAAGGAGGCAGAAUCUGUUGCUGAAGCUCCUCCCCUCUGCCUAUGCCACAUCUCCAUCAACUGCUUCUGAUGUUUUGGUGCAAUGCCACAAAACUGGGGCCAAACCAGAGACUGAUACGGUUACUAGACCAAAGACUGAACUAGAGACAAGAACAGAGGCUUGUUCAGAGACUGUCAGGCUUGGUCCAAACCAGUUCAUGCAUGAGUCCUCUAGGUCUGGUCCCAGCCCUGAUCCAGCCCAAGACCAAUCUCCACACAGACUGUUUGUGUUCAGAGAGCCACAGGUGUCUGUUCAAACAGCCGUUGGUGCCAAAAGGAAACGCAGAAGGAACUUUCUGAACUUUAAGAGCAACAGCGUGACUCCUGUGAAUUUGGACCUCAUGCUGUGA